CACCACCACCACCACCACCACCGUGACUAGUGACCACCAGUCUCUCACUUUUAUCAGGUCAAGCGUUGUCAAUGACCAUCUCGGCAACUCCAUCCUUUGUCCAUCGUCCAUCGUCUACCUAUCAACUAUCGCUCUCCAUCUACACUUGAUACAUAAUGAGCCAUGCCCCUCUUCGAUCCUCUUCCUUGACUGAGCCUGGACUGAGGCUUCUCCCUCAGCCCCCGACUUAGACAAUGCCACGAUGGCUGACUCGCCUGACACCACACCCUCGCGCGACCGUGUUCACCACACUGUGACAGCCUGCGUUCGUUGUCGACAGAGGAAAACCCGAUGCGACGCCGCUCUGCCCAGAUGCGAACCAUGUGACCGCAGCAAUGCUCAUUGCGAGUACUAUGACUCUGCGAAGAAUAGAACUAUCCCCCGCACGUACAUCACCUCUUUGCAGGAUACCGUGCGACGCCUCCAUAAUGAGCUCAAGGCCCUACAACAAGAGGAGGAUUUUCAGCCAGACCCGGAGUCCAUGGCCAGGAGCGCUGGCCUAGUCAAGUUUCGCGAACAUGACCAGCCUCGAUUCCUCGGCCCGUCAAGUGGCAUCGCCAUCACUCGCUUCGUCAUGGAGUUUGCAAAACAGAACUCUGCCCGGAGAACUAUUAAAGAUGUCGUUCCACACCACGCCGCCGAGGAGAUCAAGCAAAAGUUCGACGCUGAGAGCGACAAGCCAACCUCAAAAGUGUACCCGCUUAUCAGCUCAGUUGCCGCCCCGGAUCUACCAAAUCCCCAGCUUAUGGACCGCCUGAUUGAGAUAUACAUGGUCAAGGCCCAGUACAUGCUCCCUCUACUCCAUGAACCUUCCUUCCGCCAAGAUCUCCAUGCCGUCUAUGAGGGAUCCGAUGAUCCCACCUUGAACUUCCAGCUUCGCAUGGUCAUUGCCAUCAGUAUGCAAAAACUCGACACCCAAUAUGCUGGCCUGGCCGAUAGCUACUAUCUCGCAGCCUUGCCAUUCCUCACUGGUGCCGUUCAAAAGCACAACCUCUCGACUCUGCAGUGUUUUGCUCUGAUUGCUCAGUACUCUCUGUUGACCCCGACUCGUACAGCCGCAUAUUGGGUCGUUGGCAUCGCCUCCAAACUUUGCCAGGAACUGGGCCUUUGUGAAGAGAACACGAUUUUGAACCCCCCGUCUGGUGUCCGUCCAAACCCACUCGAAAUUGACAUGAGACGCCGACUCUUCUGGUGCAUCACUUCAAUGGAAUACGGUCUUGCUCACAGCCUCGGCAGACCCAGCGCCUUUGGUGUGACCGUUGACAACAUCAAUGUCCAGUUCUUUGAACUCUGCGAUGACCGUUUCAUCACCCCGGAAGGCCUGCUCCCAGGGCAUCACCCCAUCAUGAAGAAAUGUAUCUCGAUCCACUUCUUCAAGAUGAGACUCUUGCAGGCGGAAAUUCGAAGAACACUUUAUCUCAAGAAGCGGGAUACCCCCGUGCGUGAUACUGAUCCAUGGUUUCACGAUAUGCUCCAGAAAAUUGACGCCUGGGUGCGUGAUUGCCCCAAGAAUGACGAGGGAAGUGGGCUGAGCGAAACCUGGUUUAUCGGCCGGAAAAAUACCAUGAUUGUCUUCAUGUACCGCCCAUCGCCUCAAAUUCCCACCCCUUCGAUCGAUGCUGCGCAAAAGUGCUAUGCCGCUGCAGUCUUCAACAUCCAGAUGCAGAAGCGACAAGUGGAAGCCCGGUUGAUCGACAUCACCUGGAUCUUCACCCAAGCCAUUUUCAUGGCCCUCAACACUGUUCUAUGGUCUCUAUCAUAUCCUGCCAUUCGACAACAACAUCCCCUGGACGAGGUUCACCUACACGUGCGAGACGCCUUGAAGGCGAUUGACCUAUGUGCGGAUCGUUGGCCUGGAGUGAGGUCUGCUCAGCAGCUAUACGACAAUCUCGUCCGCGGAUGUCUCAAGGCGUAUGAGACGGAUAAGCUCGCCGAGUCUCCCAAGUCCGACUAUGUUUCAACCACCAAUACACAAGAUGCAAGCUCAUCUGCCUCUCAGUUUGCCAGCAGUCCCGCAAGUACGGCCAAUACCUCCAUCUUUGGCCCUCAAUCACCACAGUCGACGCAGUCAGUCCAUAGCGCCUAUGCGAAUCACACAUUCAAAAAUGCUGCAAACAUGUACGUGGAGCACGUCACCAGGCCAUAUGGCAAUGAUACUCUGAAUCCAUCACUCCAACAUCAACCUGCUCCUCAAGCUGCUCCAGGUGCAUACAUGGAGACGUCAGUGACCACUUCAGUACCACAGCUCAACAUCCAAUCACAGGCCCUGCACUACAGCCUCCCGGUGUUCAACCCUGGCAACGCUAGUGGACUUCUGCCGACCACGACACAGGGGUCUGCCGCGUGGACAGCUGCCCCUUUGAUGCCCGGCAUCAUCCCUGGGAUCACCGGCUCACCUGAUAUGAACUAUGAUGACUUACCCUACCUGGCUCCUUUUGGCCAUGAGUACUCACGCUAUAUGCAACAGACCUUUCCGACCCCGAACCAAAUGCAGACUCUGAGUGAGCAGCAACAGAUGGAGUUGAUGGCGUCACUUGAGCAAAGCCAACUUCCUGAUAUUUCUGGCCUUGUCAGUGAUGCGACCACCUUUUACACUGCAGGCUUGCCAUGAGUACGAGCACCAUGAGUACGAGGUAAUCUCAUCAUGCUCGCAAAAUCCUUCUUGCAAUCAUGACAGGGGAUACGUCGCCAUUAGCAAAGCCCGAGAUAAACAUUUGUGCCUGAAUACCAACCCCUGGCAGGUAUGUGAUGUCGGAUAUAAUAGGAGAGGUUUCGCGCAGGAAGUCUUCGAAGAGUUGCUAGAUCCUAGCUCGAGGCGUAUGAGUUUCUCGACCAACUAAAGUCCCAGUUCAACCUCGAGACCAAAAAGUCUGAGAAGUUGGACGUUCCAUUACGCGAGCCCUCUCGUGACUUUAACCACACCUCAAUCUACCAAGUCGCUCGUGCAUCAGAAGCUUUCGGUCCAUUGCUCUCUGCCGACCAAUCAGUUAGGGCUGUGACGAGCAUACCACAUGCCCAGCCAGCACUCGGAUUGAGACCCGAGUUGUGGCUGCCUCAAACCCCGAGAAUAGAACCUUAGAUGGUCAGCCACGCGUAACGGCUGUCCUGGAGGCUGGAAUGCUCAAAGGCACCAGGGGUCAGGGGGUCACGGAUGCCCGAUUGUCGUCCUUUUGAGAUGGCGGUGCGCCUGGUCGACAAGUGCAUGACGCAAGAUUGAUACGUGAUUUACGUCUCUAUAGAUGCUGGCUGCGUACACCAUAUGUGCAUCAGCCAACAAUCCUGCUGUAUAUCUUGGCGACAAGAGUCGAGAAUCUGCCGACUUAGAGACUCGAUCUCUCGAUAUUGCUCAGAGAUCACUGAUAAUUCCAAAAGCCACAGAACCAUCACAGUCCUGCUCGAAAAUAGCACGGCCCCAUCCUGAUUUUGUCUUCGUGGCUCGUCAACGAAACAAGUCACAUCAUUCCUGACGAGUAGCUGUCCAUUACUGGCUACACCAUGGUUGAGAUUUAAUGAAGCUGAGGUUCGGAUUUGGGUCCAACUCGGUUGUCUUUGUGAUGCCUGAACCUGUCGUUUAGGCGAGGGUGUGAAAGAUCGGUCCACCCGACCCCGCGGGCAUUGAAGUACAAGGCACAGCCUCAAAGGGCCGAGGGGCUGGACAUUGACCCUACCAAUGUCGGCCUCUCCCUUUAGCUUCGGUACCUUAACGUGCUUACUUGAUGGGGAAUCAAUGCCCCCGUUUGUGGGCUAAGGCCUGUGCAGAGGCAAGUAUAGACGACCACGGCUCAUCUCUACCUACGGAGUAGUUCAUGGUAGCCGACAGUUAUCGAUAGGCGAGCUAGGCACUCGUGCUUUUGAUGGCUUGAGACGACAAGUGUACCAGGGGAUUGGCGCCUUCUUUUGAAAGAUUGCUAGGUUCUCAAAGCUUACGCUUGCUUCAACCGACUACAUCCUUCCUAUCAAAGGGAGGCCAAAUCUAGGUUGGACUUUCGUCUUAACGGUGAAGGUGGUGGUGAUUAUGAGUGGCUUUGUCCACCCUGAAACCAGAUCCUUCACCUGUCCAGCCCUCCCGACCGCCAUCAACUCUCCAAGGCUGGACCUGAGAUCGAUCUUAGAGACUGCAAGGCAGAAUCUUCAUGUUGUCAAGCAGCUGUUGUUUCAGCACUGAGACGAUGAUAUUUGUACCCAGGUGCGACAAAAUCGACCAUGGCUAAUA